AUGAUCUGCAUCACAGUCGUGGCCGCUGUCUACCUUCUCCGACGUAACAAGAAUAACAAAGAGCCUCAGCAGAAGCGAACGAGCCGCUUCCGUUCAUGGGGCAGAUCAUCGUCGAAGCCUCCCGCCUAUGACCAGAGCGAGGCCCCCCAGGCGGACACGCAGGUACAGGACACCAUGGAGCAUAACAAGACUUACGCCGGGUGGGGGCCAUCCGAGGUCUACGGUUCGGAGCCAUGGAGGAACCCGGCCAUGCCUGUUGAGUUACCAGGGCCGCCUCCUGCAGAGCUUCCAGGUCGACAGUAUUGA